AUGAGCCAAGAACAGUCAAAGAAGGGUCAUGAUCAGCGGCAGAAGGCCAUGAAAUUUUCGGAUGUUUUUCCAGCCGUUCAAGGCGAGCUGGCGGACAAAGCGGUGGCCCCAAAGGACGCUGCUACUAUGCAGACGGCAGAAAGCGACGUCGUUGGGCAGAACCUCAAACGAGGCGCUGCCGCGACUAUGCAGUCUGCCGCUGCACAGAAUCAAAGGGCUGGUUAUGUGGGACUAAAUGACAUGAAUAUUGUCGAAGAUGACGUUACCAUAACGGAGACUGAUCUUCCCGGCCGCCGUAUUAUCACGGAGUCAGUCGGUGGACAGGUUGUUGGUGAAUAUAUUCAGAGAACUCCUUUGGCAGCACCUUCCAUUGUUCAAGCUGGUGAUGGUCAUAUCACCAUUGGUGAAGCCUUGGAGACAACUGUUAUGACCGCCAGAAAGAAGCCGGUGGAGUGGAGUGACGCGGCUGCAAUUCAGGCAGCUGAGAUUAGGGCCACAGGCCGACCCCGCAUUGUGCCUGGUGGUGUGGCUGCGGAGGCUCAAUCUGCCGCAACCCUCAAUGCUCGCACUAUGCGCAAUGAGGAUAAGACCACACUUGGUGAUAUUCUUGCGGGUGCAGCCUCUAAACUACCAGAUGACAAGCCAACUACACUGCAAGACGCCAAAGGUGUGACAGAUGCAGAGAUGCGAAAUGAUCGAUACCAGACUACACAUCCAACAGGUGUGGCAGCUUCAGUGGCUGCAGCGGCUAGGCUAAACCAGGAUGCUAGCAACAUUACAAAGUAG